AUGGCACGCGCAUUCAAGUCCCGCCGCAACGCCCCCAAGAACCUUGAAGGCCAGCGUAUCGACCUUGGUGAGCAGGAACAAGCGGCUGCGCGUGCUGCUGACCGAGAUGGACGUGUGCUCUCUGUGCGCGGCAUGAACGCCAUGGCGCGUGCAGUGACGGCUCGUGAGAACGCUGGCAGCUUUCGGAUGGCCGCGAUUCUGGCGCGUAGGGCCGCUCUUACGGUUCAUAAGGCGGAUCACGAGGGCGAAGAGAGCCUCACGGAGGAGGAGAAGAAGAUGGUGCAGCAGCAGGCUGACCGGGAGACCACGGAAGCUGCUGCUAAGGCUGCCAGGAGCAUGCAGCCGAGUAUCUCGAAUCCUCCCGCCCUGACCAACUCGCGUACAACCACCAACAACGCCGCCACUCGCCCAGCGAUCGAUCCGCGCAACCCCUAUAACGAUCUUUACAUGGCCAACAGACUCGAGAGGGAGGACAGAUCAACGGGGACGUCACGAACAACAGCACAACAACCUCCUCUGCCCAUCCGCGACCCCGGCACCAUGCAGAUGCCGCCCCCUGACCGCCCCCUCCGCCCGACUCCCACCGCCGCUGAUCCCAACUACUUCACACCCUCCAUCAUGCGCAAUGGCUCAGCCAUGGUGCCACCACCACCUCCCACCCAUCCGACACGACGGCGCCAGCAGCUCGUCGGGACUCGAUCAUGGCGCCCUCGCCAGCUCAUGCCCCCGCAAAUUUCCCACCACCGUCAGUUCCCGCCGCACCGUCACCAGUCUUCAAGGCGGGACAGGUGCAGUUCGCGAUCAGCAAAGAGAUCCGUGAUCGGAAAGGCUACCUCCCUGCGCAGACUCGUCGGAUCGAAGACGGACUGGAUGAUGGGAACGGAAAGAACAGUGGGGCGACAUGUUGUUCCCUGA